UAACCGUUAGGCAGAGCCCAGGCUGCCCUCAGCAGACACCUCAUCCCAGACCGGUUUCAGAAGAGAGAGAGAAAGAAAGAGAGAGAGAGACGCCGGCCGGCCCAUCAUGUCCCGCAGCAGCUUCUCCUUCACCCCCACCACCCUGCGCUCCUUGCGGCUGGACGAGGACCUCCUGGAGAGGCAGAGCUACAUCAAGCGGCUGGCGGCCCCGCAGCUGAGCAGCUACCUGCUCAAGAAGGAGGCCCGGGAGAGAGCGGCCCCCGUCGCCCCGCCGCCGCCACCUCCGCCUCUACAGGUGUGCCACGACCUGGUGGUCCACAACGCCCUCUUCACGGGCAACCUGGAAGCAGUGCAGCGCCUCUUCCCCAAGGGGUCCACGGUCAACUUCAUCGUGGAGUCGCGGGGCGGCGACAUGCGCUGGGUCAGCAGGAACGUGGGACUAUGGUCACUGACCUACGAGCAGGAGCUGACCACUCCCCUCCACAUCGCGGCGGGGCGGGGCUUCACAGAGUGCCUGAAGCACCUGCUGCAGAGGGGCGCUGACGUGGAGCUGUCCCCCGGGGGCACCACCGCCCUGCACGAGGCCUGCGAAAGUGGGCAGGGCGAGUGCGCCAGGCUGCUGCUCUCCUACGGGGCCAACGCCAAUGCCGUGAGCGAGGACGGGCUGAUGCCCUUGCACGUCUGCACCAGCCCGGAGUCCCUCGAUUGUGCCAAACACCUCCUGCAGUUCGGGGCGACGGUGAACGGGCGAACCCUGGACGAGGACGACACCCCCUUGCACGUGGCGGCCCGCCACGGGCUCCCGGAGCACGUCGACCUGUACCUGCGCUACGGGGCGGCCCUGGAGAGGCAGAACGACGAGGGCAACACGCCGCUGAACACCGCCUGCUCCCACCCGCAGCCCGCCGAGGAGCUGGGCCGCUACCACCACGUGUGCCGGCUCCUGCUGGCGGCGGGCGCCAGCGUGCACGCCGGCGACCAGGACAACCAGACGCCGCUGCACAUGGCCUGCAAGAACGUCAACCCGGACGUGGUGGACCUGCUGCUGCAGCACGGCGCCAGUGUCAACACCAUGUGCUACAGCGGCGACGCGCCCAUGCACAACAUCCUCAAGAUGGUGGGCUACAAGGCCGCCCACCAGCCCGAGCGCGUCGUCAAGGCGCUGCUCAACUACGGCUCCAUCCGCGUCUGGCCUGGGGCACUGCCAAAGGUGCUGAAAUACUGCUGCACCUCUCCGCGCUCUAUUGAAGUCCUCAUGAACGCCUAUGACCGCCUCAAAAUCACAGAUGCCUGGGUGGAAGCUGUUCCACCAGAGAUCUUCCAGAAACACCGCGAAUUCUAUGAGUCCCUGUUCUCCCUGGCCCAGACCCCUCGCUCGCUCCAGCACCUGGCUCGCUGCAAGAUCCGGGCUCACCUCGGGGCACACACGCACAGGGUGGUCCCCAAACUGGGACUGCCGACAUUCCUGAAGAACUACCUGUUGCUGGAGUUCAGGGAUUAUGUGCACUGAGGAGAACUUUUCUUUGGGAGACCCAUGCUGGAGCCAUUUGGUCCAAGAAGGGCCACUAGACCUGUAGCUCAGACCCCAAGUUCACGUCCCGUUCACUUCUCCCUGGUGCUGGAGUCUAUGGCGUCUGCAGGUUUUGCACCACCCCCCUAAGCAUUUGGCUGCAUUCAAUACGCCCCAAUCCUGGCAGUGGACAGAUGCUUUUCUCUCUGAAACACAACCUGCACUUCUCCAUGAUAGGUCUAAAUGGGUCAUGUGGUUUUCCCUAAGGCCAUUGGAGGAGAGUAGCACUGUGUGAAGGGCAUAUACACAUGCUUGGUGUAUGGUUCUGUCCAAGGUUAACAUUAUAAAACUAUCUCUAGCACUUAAACCAUUUUCAGUCUCAUGCAACAUGGCUAUUAUACCCUGCUCACACUGUAUGUGGCUGUGUUCCUCAUAGUUUCUGGAGAAAGUUUCAAUUACCAGGUGACUAAACCCUAGUAGAAACAAAUUGUUUCAUAUUUCAUCCAAAUACUGAUGACUAGUGUCAAAAAGUGUUGGGCUGGAUGCCUAGCGUGGUCAGUACUUAAUCUGUAAAUAAAACUGAUAUUUGAACAGAUUUUCACGGUAUUUAUGUACCAAAUGCUUGUGUACAUGUUUGGAAUGUUUUAACAUUUUUGUAAAAAGCAUACAGGUGGACAUUGCUGUGUACGGCCAAACAAAUGUAGAGAAUUAAAAAAAAAAAAAAAAAACUUUUUUACUGAUGUGUGCCGCAAAUUAGAUGUAUUCUAAAACGAUAAUAAAG